UUACAUGCUACAACAAUCAGAGUUGGCCGUGUUGACAUUUGGUGUUGGCCUGGGCAGGCGCUGACAAUCGCUGGUUAAUGGCGUCCGUGUUCAGUUUAUAACUGAACGCCCUGCCGUUAGAAUGGGCCUACUUCGGACCUACCAUUUAAGCGUUGUGUUGUGCCUUUCGGCCAUUAGUUUAGUGCAGGAUGUGGCGUCAUCUGAGGUGCAUGAACUUUCACCCAAUGCCACUCAAGUGGUGGCCAAGAUCCUGCGUCGACAAAAGCGUUACCUGGCAUUUCCUGAGGGAUCCUCCGUUUCGGGCGCCAUUUGCAUGACGAUCGGUAUGAUCGGUAACCCCGAUGUGGACUAUCUCAGUUGGGCUGUCAAUUGGGGCGUGGCAUACGAUCUGCCCAACGAGAAAUGGGUCAUCCAGCACGCCCAUGGGCUGAAUGCCACUCUGGCUAAGGACACAAUCAAAAGGCGAUCCAGGCGAGCCUUUUACGACGAGGUGCAGUCUAUUUUUGAUAACAUGGGCUUCAAUGGUCGGUCGUGCGUGGCCAGAGCCCUUUGUGAAAGUGCCAGGUUUAUGCUGCCGAGUCACCAGAAGGGCAACAUGUUGCAAGAAUUGGUCAGGACAGUCUUUAGCAUGCCACUUUCCAAGGUGGAUACCCAGGAGCCUCAGGCUCACCAUCAAUAUGAUAAAAUAUACCGCCGUUCCAAGCGAAAUUCACGUGAAUGCCAUGAAAUAUACCCGGGAUGUCAGUUUUCUUUAUUGGCCCUUGCUCUUGGAAAAUAUAUGUCAGCUACUACCACUAAAUUCAGCUCAUUAAAUUACAUGUAAACAAUAAAUAAUUUAAUAAAAAAAAGACAACUGAAACACUUAAAAAUUUUGGUUUUGAUGGAGUGCUUUCCCGCCCUUGAAUAAAACGAAGAAAUAUUUUU